AUGAUAUUCAUGUACCUCGACGAUGAGCUAGUAUUGGGUCGUUCUCGGGGGAAGACGGAAGGGGCGCUCCGACUAACGUGGCACCUUGCUUCCGACCUCGGAUUUCUCAUCAACACCAAGAAAUCCCAUCCAGUCCCCUUGCAGGUUCCCACCUUUCUAGGUGCAUCCCUCGAUCUUCGCAGGGGACUGGCCCGCCCAUCGGAGGACCGCCUGCUGAACCUUCGGCAGUGCUUGUCCCUCUUCCUCCCGACGGUAGUGGCUCGGCCCAAGCCUGGCUCAGGCUUCGAGGCCCACAUAACGCAGGGCUGCAUUUUCCGCCCACCCCGCCCGUCGGUACUUAUCACGACCAACGCGUCAGGGUACGGCUGGGGGGCUACCCUCCACCCGCAACAGGUGGCGGGCGUGUGGGGCCCCGAACACCAAUCAUCCCACAUCAACGUCCUGGAAAUGCUGGCAGUUGCCAACGCACUAAAACAUUUCCAGUCGGACGUCAGAGGGCAAGCAGUCCUGGUACGAUGCGACAACGCCACAGUGUUGGCAUACAUCAAUCACCAGGGGGGCACUCGGUCAGGCCAUCUGUGUGCACUAACGUGGGAUCUCACCCUCUGGUGCAUACAUCACGGGAUAGCACUGUCGGCAGUCCACAUCCCGGGCGAAGAGAACGUCACAGCCGACGCUCUCUCCAGAGGCUGGAUCGCCACGACAGAGUGGUCACUGCUCCCACAGGUGGCUCAGUCGAUCUUCCGAUUAAUCGACCGGCCUCAUGUGGACCUAUUCGCAUCGCGAAUGAACAAUCAGCUACCGAUCUACUGCACGAGGGGCCCAGACCCCAACGCGUGGCAGACCGAUGCGCUGUCGGUGCGGUGGGACAGCCUACUGGCCUACGCCUUCCCACCCAUCUCCCUCGUUUCUCGAGUGCUGACCAAGAUCGAGCAGGAGGAUUGCGGAAUCCUCCUCAUAGCCCUGUUCUGGCCCCGCCAGCCGUGGUUCCCCUGGCUCGUCCGGCUCUUGGUUCACCGCCCGGUAAUUCUACCGAGGAGGGCCGAUCUCCUUUAUCAGCCCAGCUCGGGAAUCAGUCACCAGGCUCCGGGGGAUCUUCACCUGACAUGCUGGGUAUUGUCACGCGAUCCCUCUGCUCAGCAGGCCUUUCGCGACGAGCUGCAACAAUUGCAGCCCAGUCCUGCAGAGCCUCAACCAGAAAGGUGUACGAUAGCCGACUACGCCUUUUCUUUAAAUGGUGUAGACGGCAAUCCAUUCAUUCCCCCAAUACUUCACUGGCCAGCGAACGAGGGACCCAUUCGAGCGCAUGAGGUCAGGGGAGUGUCCACCUCGUGGGCCUGUUUUAAGGGUGUCCCCCUAGGUGACAUCGUCAAGGCAGCCUGCUGGAAGAACCCUAACACGUUCUUUGAAUGCUACCUGAAGGAUGUCCUCCAGGCAGAUGGCAAGGCUGGAAGAGAAGUGCUGAAGGCGGGUAGUCGAGCCUCACAGAAGCACUAA